AUGUUAACUCGACAAGGUGCAGCACAACUUAUCGCAUCCGAAUUUGCUCGAUUAUCUAAUAUUGAUAUUAAUUAUCCUGAUCGUUCGAACGUACAUCCUGUAAUUUAUCGUCUAGCAGAAUUAAUAAUGGCAGAAAAAACAAUUGCAACACUUUUAAGCAAAACUUUAGAACAAACACCUAAAUAUGCGGGUAAACACGAUCAAAAUGCUGAUGAAUGGCUAAACGAUCUUAUUGCAACAUGUCGUAUGGCUGAUAUAACUGAAGCACAUGCAUUAAAAAUAAUACCCACAUUUUUGGAAGGACAUGCUAAACAAUGGUAUUCGGACAACAAGGAAACAUUUGAAUCUUGGACUGUAUUUAAAACUGAAUUUAUUCGAACCUAUUCUUCACCAACAACAAAACAAUUAGCGUCAAAUCGUUUACGAACUCGUUUACAACACUACGAUGAACCUGUUAUUGAAUAUUAUACUGAUAUUAUGAAAUUAUGCAAGUUAGUUGAUCCUAAAGUUUUACGUCAAAAUCCACCAACACCAUCAGACUUUUUAGAAUAUGCACGGCGAGAAGAAACAUUGGAUCGUCUUGUUACUAUGUCUGUUCAUCAUACCAAUGAUAUCAUUGAUGCCAAUACACCUCAUAAUGCACCACUUCAUCCUGCACAAACAGCAACAUCCAUAUGGUACCACACUUCUCCGAACACGUCUUAUGCUUGGCACCCACCACAAGCAGCUCAGUAUCAAUCAUCAUAUCCUUCAAAUUAUCAGCAAUCAUCAACACACAAUAAUCCUUAUAUUUCAAACACAUCGUUUAAUGAUUCAUAUCUUCAUCGACGUUCUCUAGUAAGGGAGUCAAAUGAUGGUAGUGACUCCCACCCCUCACAGCCAUCGUUAUCUUAUUCAUCCACAACUCCUGUCUAUUCAUCACCAAAAUUCACAACAUAUUAUCGGCAAAACUCGUCUUAUUAUUCUCCUACUCGUAAACCUCAACCAAUUACUGAUUAUUUCAAACAACGUCAAGUUCAAUCUAUCGGAAAACACCGUAUCGUCAAUAAAAAUACUAUCACAACUAAUUCUUCAUUAAUUUUUAUUAACACUCUUAUCAAUGGCAAACCCAUACGAGCCAUGAUCGAUACGGGCGCUUCUCAUUCAUUUAUUACACAACGUGCAUUACGUACACUAUCCUAUUUCCGAUUACCAUCAUGUGAACGUGCAGCACAAUUAGGUGAUGGUCAAACAACACUUAAACUAGUUGGUGAAGUUCAGCUAUUACUACAAUUUGAUCAAGUUUUUACACCUGUAAAUGUUCUCGCCACUCAAACCAUGAAUACUGAUUUUAUACUUGGUGGUGAUUGGUGUACAAAAAAUAAAGUAAAAAUUGAUUAUGCCAAGAGUCAAGUAUCACUAUGUACAAAACUUGGUCGUAUUUUUAUCCCGUAUGAUAAACACAUCGAUUAUUUAAGUUUAGAGAUCAAAUCAAUCAAUGUAAUUCAUAUACCACCACGUAAAUUUUGUGUUGUUCAAGCCAAAGUUGAAUUAUCAUCAGCUAAUACUGUAUAUUUUUCUCCUGCUGACACUACAUUACUUGAAAAAUCUGUUAUAAUGUCACCAGCUUUAUUACACGUAAACAACUACACAACCUACUUGGAGAUAUACAAUCCUCAUGAUACUACAUGUACAUUACCAAUGAAUACUCGUUUAGGCCAAAUUACUCAUACACCACAUAAACUUCAACCGUGUGUAGUAUUUGAUCCAUCUCGUUGUCCGUCAUCAUGGUCGUCUCAACAUCAUGUCAUUAAUACAAUCGAACUUAAAUAA